CAAGGCUUCAUUUGUUUGUGCUGCUGCAAGACUUUUACAGUGUGAUUCCAAUUUCCAGACAGAAAGAUGCGGUGUUGUGGAUGACUGAUCUCACCCGGCCGUGUGUUAGCAGCUGCCUGAUUUCUCGACUCGUUUGGAUCCUUGUCGUGAACUAGUCACCUGGUCAUGUUGCGAUUUUGAUUUCUUCACACACUUCCCAUUGAACAUAAUUGUUUAGUAGCCAGGCAAUAGUGCUAGUGUAGGAAGGUAAAGCUUUCCAGAAGUAGGCAUUUUGCAAUACAUUCUGCAGUUACCGGUACUGUUACUGACGUAGAUAAACGGUACAUAAUCGUGGUGCCGCGAGAGAAAAACAAGCGGAUAAUUAUGGCGAUGAACUGCAAUCCACUGGUGUGGAUAUCAACUUUCUUCCACAAAGGCAACAGGUUUCGAACUCAGCUGUUCGUCAUGAUGGUUAGCGCAUUCUUCUACUAUGAGGAGUUGAAAGGAGCGUACAUUGUCCUGCAUUACGGAUACUGGAGAGCACCGUGGCUGUUCAUACUGUUUGGUCUGGGGUUUUUUGUUACCUUUGUAGCUGCGAUACUCGCUCAUGCCCGUCUUCUGCUGUUUGUCGGACCUGGCCAUGUCUUUCCGUCACAGACUCUCCCAAGCUCAGUUACCGUCUGGGAUGACUGUAAAGUGUGCCUUGCCCGACGACCGCUAGGAGCACACCACUGUCGGAUCUGUGACGUAUGCGUGCUGCGCAGAGAUCACCACUGUCCAUGGAUCAAUAACUGUGUAGGACUGGGCAACCAGUGGCUGUUCCUGCUGUUUUCGUGUUACGUAUCCAUUGGCAGCACGUUCCUGUGCAUGUUCCUAAUGGAGCAUCUCCUGACACAAAGCUGUGCUACGUGUCCACAUCCAGAGACACGUACGAGUGCUGCUGUGAGCUUCAUAGUGGUAUUCUUCUGCGUCAUCUCUUCACUUGGUGUCAACAGAGGGCAGCUUGUUGCCCUAUCAAUAAGAGCCAGUGAGUUCAGGCAGGAGCUCAACGCACAGGAUGUGGAGGCUGAGCUGGCAACCAACGCUGCAGACGACCCAGAGCAGCAGCGCCCCGUGGAGGAGAAGUCGAAGAAAGCCGAAUAUCGGGAUGGAAUGAUCUUGGAAAUGAGAGCGUGGAAACGGACACUGGCUGAGAUCCGUGGCGGCCAUCUGGUGGGCGUCAAAGCUGUGAUUGCAUUGACACCGUUCUGGCUACGGCCAAGUGCCAUGUUCGAAAUGGUUGCUUCGGUGUAGCAGACGGUGCUGUGCGUACUCCUUCGGUCUACUCUCAUUCUGCUGGGCUCUGUGUACUAGCACCCUGUGUGUGUGUGUGUGUGUGUGUGUGUGUGUGCGUGCGUGUGUGUGCCUUUUUUGUCUGUUUGCUUGGUGUACUUCAAAAUAGUUACUUCAAGUACGGACGGUAUAACUUAACUUUAGAGGCAAUUCUAACUGAAUUAGUGCCUUCCUAUAAAUAUCAAUCUUUCCCGUCUCAACGCCCUCCAACUAAUGAAUAUUCUUGCCGUUGUUUUUUUAGCCCCCCCCCCCCCGUCCCUUUUGAAGACAUUUUUACCCCGCUCUUUUCCAGUCACCUGAAGCUCCGCUGUCUCUAAUAACAACAGCCUUGAAUUUGAUAUAUAUUUCCGCAGAUAUAUGAGACCAGCGCCACUAAUAGGUUUCUUUUUUUUUUGGAUAAAUAUUUGAUCAUGAGAUGUCCCUGUGAAUGUUUUACGGAUGUGUAUUUACAUGACAGCCUAGCCGGUUGUUGGUGUACGUUGGCACACUAACAUACUGUACUGA